AUGUCUUUGAGUCUAAAGGCGCGCGUGAGCGCGGGCAGCAGCGGCAGCAGCCGCGGCAGCAGCGGCCCUCGGCGGCGUGCCACGACGAUGAUGGCGGUGGCUGCCCCGAAAGUGCUCAUGCGGCCGCCGGGGGAGAGGCAGUUCCAGUGGGUCGACAUGUGGGAGGCCUACACCAUGAACAAGGUGGUGUUCAUUAAGGAGCCCGUGACUGAGGACAGCGCCAACAACCUCAUGGCGCUCACGCUGUACCUAGACAGCGUUGACCAGAAGCGCAUCUACUACUGGCUCAACUGCCCCGGCGGAGAGGUGGUGCCCACGCUGGCGCUGUAUGAUACUAUGCAGUAUGUCCGCAGCCCCACGGCCACCGUCGGCUAUGGCAUGUGCCUGGGCAUGGGCGGCUUCCUGCUCGCGUGCGGCGGCGAGAAGGGCUACCGUUACGCGAUGCCCCACAGCAUCCUCAUGAUGCACCACCCCAGCGGCACCUCGCGCGGCCAGGCCAGCGACAUGCACAUCGAGGCGCGGGAGCUGGUGCGCAUGAGGGACUACCUGUCGCUUCUCAUCUCAGACCACACGGGCCAGCCCUACGACAGGGUGAUCCGUGAGCUGUCGCGCAACAAGUGGAUGAACCCCAAGGAGGCCAUCGAGUAUGGCAUGAUCGACAAGGUCCUCACCACGCCCAUGCCCAAGAUGCCGCAGCUGGGACCCAAGUUCAAGUUUGAGCGGCAGGACAUCGGCGUGUGA